UCCCAGCUGAAACUCAGGAGCGCCGCCGAUCGGUACCGACACCUCUCCAGCGAGCUAAAGCCAAGAUGGAGGGUCCGUGCUGCUCAUCGAGCGCAGGAGCGAAUCCUCGCACGCCGCUCUUUGCUUUCCAAUGAAGAGGAUUCCGUCCAUAGCGCCUGCUUUAUUUCGGAAAACCGUUACUGAUCCGUCUGUUUGGGGAGUUUUGCUGAGGGAGAACCAUUGAAUCCGAGGAUGAGUACAGGGGAGGGAGAAGACACAUCUAAGGAGGCGGCCGACAUAGCGGCGUUUUUUAAAUCCGACUGCUCUCUUCCAAAAUGUGAACCCAAGCUUGAGCUACCAAGUCACACAGGGUUCCACAGAAAUGAAGACAUGAAGGCCAUUGAAGUUCUUCCCAUACUUAAAGAGAAGGUGGCGUUCUUAUCAGGUGGAAGAGAUCGGCGUGGAGGACCAGUCCUUACAUUUCCAGCCAGAAGUAACCAUGACAGAAUACGACAAGAAGACCUCAGGCGACUUAUUGCGUACCUCGCAGGCAUCCCCAGCGAGGAGGUGAGCAGGCAUGGCUUCACGGUCAUCGUGGAUAUGCGAGGAUCCAAAUGGGAUUCUAUCAAACCUCUGCUGAAGAUCCUGCAGGAGUCCUUUCCUUCCUGCAUCCACGUCGCUCUCAUCAUCAAGCCUGACAACUUCUGGCAGAAGCAGAGGACCAAUUUUGGCAGUUCAAAGUUUGAAUUUGAGACCAUCAUGGUGUCCCUCGAGGGUUUGACCAAAGUGGUGGAUCCAUCCCAGCUGACUCCAGACUUCGAAGGCAGUCUUGAUUACGACCAUGAGGAGUGGAUCGAAGUUCGAGUGGCCUUCGAAGACUUCACAAGCAAUGCAGCUCGCAUACUAGCCCGUUUAGAAGAACUCCAAGACAUGCUGUCCCAGCGGGAGCUGCCGUCCGACCUCGAUGGGUCUCGGCGUGCCAUGGAGGAACACGCUUCCCUCAAGAAAAAGGUGACUAAAGCCCCUGUGGAGGAGUUAGAUACUGAAGGUCAGCACCUACUGCAGCGAAUCCAGUGUGCGGAUAAAGGAAGAGGGGAUAUCCAGGGUUUAGCUCCAAAAGUCCAGGCGCUCCUGGAUAAACUUCACGGCACUCGCCAGCAUCUGCACCAAGCCUGGCACUUGCGCAAACUCAAACUGGACCAGUGCUUUCAGCUGCGACUCUUUCAGCAGGACGCAGAGAAGAUGUUCGAUUGGAUUGUCCACAAUAAAGGCCUGUUCCUGACCACCUACACCGAGAUAGGAGCCAACCAUCAGCACGUGAUGGAGCUGCAGACACAACACAACCACUUUGCGAUGAACUGCAUGAAUGUGUACGUGAACAUCAGUCGGAUUAUGUCAGUGGGGAACAGGCUGCUGGAGUCAGGUCACUAUGCGACCCAGCAGAUUCAGCAGAUCUCAGGUCAGCUGGAGCAAGAGUGGAAAGCAUUCGCCGCUGCACUGGACGAGAGAAGUACACUGUUGGAAAUGUCUGCCAACUUCCACCAGAAAACUGACCAGUAUAUGAGCAACAUGGACUCAUGGUGUAAGGCCUGUGGAGAAGGCGAACUUCCUUCUGAGCUACAGGACCUGGAAGACACCAUUCACCACCACCAGGGUCUCUAUGAACACAUCACUGCUGCUUAUUCUGAAGUAAGUCAGGAUGGCAAAGCCCUGCUAGAUAAGCUCCAGCGCCCUUUGACCCCGGGCAGUGCUGAUUCGCUGACUUCCUCGGCUAACUACUCCAAGGCUGUUCAUCACGUUCUGGAUAUCAUUCAUGAGGUUCUGCAUCACCAGAGGCAGUUGGAGAACAUCUGGCAACACCGCAAACUCCGUCUCCACCAACGGCUGCAGCUUUGCGUCUUCCAACAGGACGUUCAGCAGGUUCUAGAUUGGAUUGAAAACCACGGAGAGGCAUUUCUGAGUAAGCACACAGGAGUGGGGAAGUCCCUGCACAGAGCUCGAGCAUUACAGAAACGCCAUGAGGACUUUGAAGAGGUGGCUCAGAAUACCUACACCAAUGCAGACAAACUGCUGGAGGCGGCGGAGCAGCUGGCUCAGACGGGCGAGUGUGACCCCGAGGAGAUUUACCAGGCUGCUCAUCAGCUGGAGGACCGUAUCCAGGACUUUGUAAGGCGUGUUGAACAGCGCAAAGUCCUGCUCGACAUGUCUGUGGCCUUCCAUACACACAGCAAAGAGCUGUGGACGUGGUUGGAGGAGCUUCAGAAGGAGUUGUUGGAUGAUGUUUAUGCCGAGUCAGUGGAGGCGGUGCAGGAGCUGAUCAAGCGCUUUGGUCAACAGCAGCAAACCACCCUGCAAGUCACCGUCAACGUCAUUAAAGAAGGGGAGGAUCUCAUACAGCAGCUCAGAGACUCCGCAAUCUCUAGCAAUAAGACUCCUCAUAACAGCUCGAUGGCACACAUCGAGAGUGUCCUGCAGCAGCUGGAUGAGGCUCAGGCUCAGAUGGAGGAGCUGUUUCAGGAACGCAAGAUCAAACUCGAACUUUUCCUCCAGCUCAGGAUCUUUGAACGAGAUGCGAUUGACGUGAUUUCAGACCUGGAGUCGUGGAAUGAGGAGCUCUCUCAGCAGAUGAACGAGUUUGACACUGAAGAUCUGACGCUCGCUGAGCAGAGACUACAGCACCAUGCUGAUAAAGCCCUCACCAUGAACAACCUCACCUUCCACGUCAUACACCAGGGACAGGAACUACUGCAGUACGUCACAGAAGUUCAGGCCUCAGGUGUGGAGCUCUUGUGCGACCGUGAUGUUGACAUGGCGACGCGGGUGCAGGACCUGCUGGAUUUCCUGCAUGAGAAGCAGCAGGAGCUGGAUGCAGCCGCAGAGCAGCACAGGCGACACCUGGAGCAGUGUGUGCAGCUCCGACACUUACAGGCAGAGGUCAAACAGGUUCUGGGCUGGAUUCGUAAUGGCGAGUCAAUGCUCAAUGCCGGUUUGAUCACAGCCAGCUCACUGCAAGAGGCGGAACAGCUGCAGCGGGAACAUGAGCAAUUUCAGCACGCUAUUGAGAAAACCCAUCAGAGUGCACUACAGGUCCAGCAGAAGGCAGAGGCUCUACUACAGGCCAAUCACUACGACAUGGACAUGAUCCGUGACUGUGCGGAGAAGGUGGCAUCUCACUGGCAGCAGCUCAUGCUGAAGAUGGAGGACCGCCUAAAACUAGUCAAUGCCUCCGUGGCUUUCUACAAGACAUCAGAGCAGGUGUGUAGUGUACUGGAAAGUUUAGAGCAGGAAUACAAGCGAGAGGAAGACUGGUGUGGAGGAACUGAUAAACUGGGACCAAACUCUGAGUCUGACCACGUGACACCCAUGGUCAGUAAACACCUGGAGCAGAAGGAGGCCUUUCUAAAGGCUUGCACACUAGCCAGACGCAAUGCUGAUGUCUUCCUCAAGUAUUUACACAGAAACAGCGUGAACAUGCCAGGAAUGCUUGCACAUGUCAAAGCCCCAGAACAACAAGUCAAAAACAUCCUGAAUGAGCUGCUACAGCGAGAGAACCGGGUUCUGCACUUCUGGACCAUGAGGAAGAGGAGGCUUGACCAGUGUCAGCAGUAUGUGGUGUUUGAGCGCAGCGCCAAACAGGCUUUGGAGUGGAUCCAUGACACAGGAGAGUUUUACCUGUCCACACACACCUCCACGGGCUCCACUAUACACCACACACAGGAACUGCUGAAAGAACAUGAGGAAUUCCAGAUUACAGCCAAGCAAACCAAAGAGCGGGUGAAGUUGUUGAUCCAGCUGGCUGAUGGUUUUUGUGAGAAGGGCCACGCCCAUGCCAGCGAGAUUCAGAAAUGGGUCGCGUCCGUGGACAAACGCUACCGUGACUUUUCCCUCCGCAUGGACAAGUACCGAUCCUGCCUGGAGAAAGCGCUCGGCCUGUCCACUGACUCCAACAAAGCGAGUAAAGAUCUGCAGUUGGACAUUAUUCCAGCCAGUGCUCCUGGAGCAGAGGUCAAACUCAGAGAUGUCAACCACGAACUGAAUGAAGAGAAACGCAAAUCAGCUCGCAGAAAAGAGUUUAUAAUGGCAGAGCUCAUUCAGACUGAGAAGGCAUAUGUGCGAGAUCUGCGGGAGUGUAUGGAUACUUAUCUUUGGGAGAUGAGCAGUGGCGUGGAGGAGAUUCCCCCAGGGAUUGUCAACAAAGAGCACAUCAUUUUUGGCAACAUGCAAGAUCUAUACGAGUUCCAUCACAACAUUUUCCUUAAAGAACUGGAAAAAUAUGAGCAGCUUCCAGAGGAUGUGGGUCACUGUUUUGUCACAUGGGCGGACAAAUUUCAGAUGUAUGUGAAUUACUGUAAGAAUAAGCCUGACUCAACUCAGCUGAUUCUGGAACACGCAGGGCCCUAUUUUGAUGAAAUCCAGCAGAGGCACAGGCUGGCCAAUUCCAUCUCAUCGUACCUUAUUAAACCGGUUCAGAGGAUCACCAAGUAUCAGCUGCUGCUGAAGGAACUAUUGACGUGUUGUGAGGAGGGUAAAGGAGAAAUUAAAGAUGGCCUGGAGGUCAUGUUAAGCGUACCCAAACGAGCUAACGAUGCUAUGCACCUUAGCAUGCUAGAAGGUUUCGAUGAGAACAUUGAGUCUCAGGGUGAGCUGAUUCUGCAGGAAUCAUUCCAGGUUUGGGAUCCAAAGACUCUGAUCCGUAAGGGCAGAGAGCGACACCUCUUCCUCUUUGAAAUGUCCCUCAUCUUCAGCAAGGACGUCAAAGAUUCCAAUGGCAGGAGCAAGUACCUCUACAAGAGCAAGCUCAUGACCUCAGAACUAGGAGUUACUGAACAUGUUGAAGGGGAUCCAUGUAAAUUUGCACUCUGGGUUGGACGGACACCUACUUCAGACAACAAAAUAGUCCUAAAGUUGUCUGGUGGUUCGGAGUUGACGGUGGUCAUCCACGACUUCAUGGCCAGUAAUGGAGCUGAGUUGACUGUACGUCGAGGUCAGACGGUGGAGCUGUUAGAAAGGCCCCAGGACAAGCCCGACUGGUGUUUGGUUCGCACCACUGACCGCUCACCUGCCCAGGAGGGCCUCGUUCCAAGCGCAAUGCUUUGCAUCGACCAUUCACGCAGCAGUAUGGAGAUGGAGGGAAUUUUCAAUCAUAAAGACACGCUCUCAGUGUCCAGCAAUGAAGGAGGAAUUUCAGGCAGUGCCACUCUUCAGCCGAGUCACUUACAGAGCUCUCCUGGACCCAAACGGCCUGGAAAUACUCUGCGCAAGUGGCUGACGAGCCCCGUCAGGCGGCUCAGCAGCGGCAAAGCAGAUGGUCAUGUAAAGAAACUCGCACACAAGCACAAGAAGAGUCGAGAUGUCCGCAAGAAUGCAGAUGGCGGCUCACAGAAAGACUCAGAUGACAGCGCCGCCACUCCACAAGAUGAGACCAUCGAAGAGAGGAUGAGGAACGAAGGAUUGAGCAGUGGCACUCUCUCCAAGUCUUCCUCCUCUGGGAUGCAGAGCUGUGGUGAGGAAGAGGGGGAGGAAGGCCCAGACUCUGUUCCUCUGCCGCCCCCUAUGGCCAUCCAGCAGCACAGCCUUCUGCAUCAAGACUCCCAGGAGGACAAGGCUGCUCGUUUAUCUGGACGUCCUAGCAGCUCAGAGACACCAAGUGCAGCUGAACUGGUCAGCGCCAUUGAGGAACUAGUCAAGAGUAAAAUGAAUCUGGAGGACAGGCCCAGCUCUCUCCCUGUUGAACACAGAGACAGCACUAGUCCUUCCUGCAACCCGUCGGAUAACUCCCUCUUGUCUUCCUCUUCUCCCAUCGAUGAGAUGGAUGAACGCAAGACUGGCUUCCUCAAGAGACGACACUACGUCCUGCUGGAACUGGUGGAAACAGAAAGAGACUAUGUGAGAGACCUUGGUGCAGUCGUGGAGGGCUACAUGAGCAGGAUGAAGGAGGAGGGUGUACCCGAUGACAUGAAGGGCAAGGAUAAGAUUGUCUUUGGGAACAUUCACCAGAUAUUCGACUGGCAUAAAGAUUUCUUUCUUGCUGAGCUGGAGAAGUGCUUGGAGGACCCCGAUAGACUCGCACCCCUGUUUGUCAGACAGGAACGUAGACUACACAUGUACAUCGUGUACUGCCAAAACAAGCCCAAAUCUGAGCACAUUGUUUCGGAGUACAUAGACACGUAUUUUGAGGAUUUAAAGCAGAGGUUGGGCCACAGGCUACAGAUCACAGAUCUACUGAUUAAACCAGUGCAGCGGAUCAUGAAAUACCAGCUUCUGCUAAAGGAUUUACUCAAGUUCACCAAAAAGGCUGGGUUGGACACUGUAGAUUUAGAGAAAGCGGUGGAGGUGAUGUGUGUUGUUCCUAAGCGCUGCAAUGACAUGAUGAAUGUUGGACGCCUCCAAGGGUUUGAUGGUAAAAUUGUAGCCCAGGGUCGACUGCUUCUUCAGGAUACCUUCAUGGUCUCAGAUCAGGAUGGUGGUCUUCUUUCUCGCUUGAAGGAGAGACGCAUCUUCCUCUUCGAGCAGAUAGUUAUCUUCAGCGAGCCUCUGGAUAAAAAGAAGGGAUUUUCUAUGCCAGGCUACCUUUUUAAGAACAGCAUAAAGGUCAGUUGGCUGGGUCUAGAGGAAAGUCCUGACAAUGACCCUUGUAAGUUUAUUUUGACCUCAAGGUCAUCGGCUGGCAGUUUAGAGCAUUACGUCCUCCAUUCCUCCAACCGGGUGGUUUGCCAGACCUGGAUCCACCAGAUCAGCAGCAUCCUGGAGAACCAGAGAAACUUCCUUAAUGCACUGACUUCACCCAUUGAAUACCAACGGAAUCAUGUUGGCUCAAGCGGCCUGGCCGGACCCAGCAGCAGUGGACUUCCAGGGGGAAGCAGCAGCUCCUCGAUGGGUCCUGGUUGUGGCUCCCGGUCACGAGCUUCUCGAAUCCCUCAACCUUCCUCUCGUCUCCCCCAACCCGUGCAGCAUCACCAUGCCCCCGCCCCAGAUGACCGCACUUCAGGUACGUGCCCUCCUCCUAUUAAGGACCUAAACGGUGAGGUCCCUAGGAUGCGGGUACUGGAGAGCCCAUUGAAGGAGCUGCGUGAGGAAGCCCAAUCAGGGAUGCCCAUUCCAAGAGCGACAGUCGCACCCCUGUCUCUCACCCUAACAAAACCCCGUCUCAGAGCCCCCUCGCCCAUCCUCCCCUCCUUGAACCCUCAGAACUUUACUACCUUCGCACCGAGCAUGCCAGCCCAGAAGGGCUCUGCAUUUUGGGCGUGUAUGCCAGCCUCACCGACUGGCAGGCCUGGCUCAUACACAGAGCAGAGUGACACGUUAAGUCGCAACCAGUUUCAAACACGCAGGCACUCCGCCCACAGUAAAGAGUUGGACCGCAUCAGUACUUGCUCUUCUACCAGUGAGCAGUCCCUGCACUCCACUUACAGUAAUGGGAGUGAAAGCAGCAGCAGCAGCAGUGUGUCCACCAUGUUGGUGACCCAGGACUACGUGGCUCUAAAGGAGGAUGAGAUCAGCGUAUAUCAAGGAGAAGUUGUGCAGAUAUUGGCGUCUAACCAGCAGAACAUGUUUCUAGUAUUCCGUGCCGCCACAGAACAAGGCCCAGCAGCUGAGGGCUGGAUCCCCGGCUACGUUCUGGGUCACACCUCCAUCAUCAUUCCCGACUACCCUGAUGGAACCCUCAAGAAGUCUACAUCAUGGCACACAGCUUUACGCAUUCGACGGAAGUCCGAAAAGAGAGACAAAGAGGGCAGAAAGGAAAGCAAAGCAGAAAAUGGCUUUCGCAAGUCUAGAGAUGGACCAGCAAAUAAGGUUUCCGUAAAGCUUCUGAAUCCCAACUACAUUUAUGAUGCAGUUCCCCCAGAGUUUGUGGUCCCGCUUGCGGAGGCCGUGUGUGACAGAGGUGACAGUGUGACACUCCGCUGUAAGAUCUGUGGGCAGCCCAAAGCCUCGGUCUGCUGGAGAGGGCCUGACCAGAGCACUCUCAGCAGCGGUGGAAGAUACACUCUCACACACAGUGAGACAGGAGAGGUCACCCUCCGUAUCUCCACUGCCACUCUGGAGGACAGCGGCACAUACACCUGCAUCGCCUCAAAUGACGUGGGCUCAGUGACAUCAUCAGCCUACCUCAGAGUGCUCGGCACAUCCUGUGACGGAAUUCUCUGGAAGGAUAACUUUGAGUCUCUCUACACUGAAGUUAUGGAGCUUGGGAGAGGCAGGUUUGCCGUCACUAAGUGGUGUGAGCAGAGAGGAAGCAGGCGAUCUGUGGCCGCAAAGCUCGUCAACAAGAAGCUAAUGCGUCGAGAGCAGGUGGUUCAGGAGCUGGGGGUUUUACAGUGUCUUCAGCACCCUCACCUAGUGGGCUUGCUGGACACCUACGAGACCCCAGCCAGCUAUGUUCUCAUCCUGGAGAUCGCUGAUCAAGGUCGUAUCCUGGACUAUAUUGUUAGCUGGGGGAACUUGACUGAAGAAAAGGUGUCUCUUUACCUACGGGAUGUUCUAGAAGCUUUACACUACCUUCACGCAUGCAGGAUUGCUCAUCUUGACUUGAAGCCUGAGAAUGUAUUAAUCGAGCAAACGUCAGCCAAGCCUCUAGUCAAACUGGCGGACUUUGGCGACGCGGCGCAUCUCUCCAACACCCCUUACAUCCACCCUCUGCUGGGCAGCCCUGAGUUCUCGGCCCCAGAGCUGGUGUUGGGUGAGCCCGCAGCUCUGGCGUCUGACCUCUGGAGUUUAGGCGUGUUGGCGUACGUAAUGCUCAGCGGCGCGUCUCCGUUCCUGGACGAAAGUGUGGAGGAGACCUGCCUCAACAUCUGCCGCAUUGACUUCAGCUUCCCGGAGGACUACUUCCACGGCGUGAGUCAGGCGGCGCGGGACUUUAUAUGCAUGUUACUCCAAGGUGAGCCAUGUAGACGUCCCUCUGCACAGGUUUGCCUUCACGAGGAGUUCUGGCUACAGCCUGACACCACCUCCAGCGCAGCUCGCCUUGACACUUCCAGACUUAUCUCUUUUAUAGAGCGGAGGAAACAUCAGAACGAUUUACGCCCCGUCGCCAGUUUCCAAGCAUUUCUGCGUAGUCGCCUUCUCAGUCAGACCUGAAAGAUACGCUGGAGUGGAAAUCCAUUUAAGAUAUAGAUGAUACGCUGAAAUCUCAUCCUUGUUUUAGAGUCAUUCUGAAACGGUUCUGGGUCUCUGUUACUGUAACUGCUGCUGACUAAACUCUCUGAAGUCCUUUUUCCAACCCUUCAAAACAAUCAUUUCAGCUACAUGUUCGUUCUCUCUUUCCAUGGACGACACUCACAAGGGGGAAAUAAAUGUGAAUUAGGAAGGGGGAAUUCGUUUGCUUUCGAAGUUUGUUCGUUUGUUUGAAAGGUUGUUCCCUGAGCCAGGUUUAGCUUUGUGUUUGGACAGUAUUUGAAUCAGGUUGUUUCAAUGGAGUACUGUAAUUUGAAUCGCUACAUUCAGGAAAGACUACAUUUUGUACAAACCAUGUAUAGAAGCACAGCAAAGAUCUUUAUCCUGAACGUUUUGGAGAAUAAAAGCAAAAUAAGCUUAUUUAAAUAUUUAAAGGGAAGUUCAAUUGGUUGAAUUAUUGGUUGGUAUUCAUCUCCAUGUUUAAUAAGCAUACAGUCCUACUGGAAUUCAAUCGUAACGAAUAAUACAACAGAAUUUAAUCAAAUAAGCUUAGCGUCGUUUCAGUUCUGUCCAUCAGCCUUAUGUUGUAAAUAAACUGGACCUGCCUUCGUUCAUAUUUCAUUUGCAGUUUUGGAAAUGAGUGCUUUCUCAUUGGCUGAUCGUGACUUUCAACUGACCGUUUACAAUCGGUAUCCGCGCAAAUGUGCACUCUUUGUAAUUUUGUUGAAACGUGCAAUGUUGGGGCUUGAACAUUUUUGCAGCUAUUUCUAACGAUUCAUGUCAAACUGUUAUGUACAUGUAUCAGCCACUGCGAGUUGAGAUAUGAUGUGUACGUGGCUCUUUUGAUGAGUUCUCUGUGUUCAGUAUUUUUUGGGUAAGCUUAAGCCUCAUUGGUGAACAUCAUCUGUGUCUUCGUCGCACCUCCAUGAUGAAUGUCGUUAUUUUUAUCGUUAUACCAAAGUUAAUGCUCAUGUACCUAAAUGCUUCUUCUCCCUAUUUGGUGGUUAUAAUUUGUAACAAUAAGUUAUGAAUGCAAUUCUGACUCCCGACGCGGGAGUUUACAUGUACUGAUUGUUGAUUUAUUUAUUGUGUCUUGUUCGGUUUUCGCUAAUCGAAUUUUACGAAAGUAGUGCUUCGUAUUUGUCAGAUUAUUAGACGUUUUCAUUUCCAUAUCUGCUCGUUGUAGCAGUAGUCUGUUAAUGUAAGUUUGCAUGACUAAAUAGCUUUUUGGUUUUGUUUCUUUGUUUGUUUUCAGUUCACUUUGUUUUAAAUAGAAUGGGAUGAAUCGUUCCCUGAUGUACAGGGGGAAAAUACCAAUUUUGUUGCCUCUAAAUUGUAGGUUUAAAGCUGAAGAGGCAAAUUGCGUUUGUCUAAUGACCCAAAAUUGUAUCUCUUGUCACUAAAACACUUAAUUUCUAAAUUCCGAAGGAGGUAAAUUACGAGCUGGGUCAGUAAUGUUGGAUUGAGUUGUUCAUGUUUUAUUUAAGUUAGUUUCUCAUGAUGUAUAGCUGUACAGACACCAUAAAAACUGGACGUAGCGACAUUGUUUUUUUACAUAAUGUCAUUUUGAAUGUUAAUUUUGCAUGUAUAUUUCUUUGUACAUAUACCAUACAUGUUUGCACAUUCUGUGCUGUACAUAAGUUACUUUACCCUCAGUUAUUUUUUGAGAUUAAACAUCUGAAACAUUUUAUUCGUACAA